UUAUUUUUUAGUUGAUGAAGUGUUGCAGAAUGGCAGUGCAGAUUAUUCUUCUAAAUCGUCUAAACAAUCUGAACUAAACGCUGUAAAAUUGUGAUUCAUUUAAGUUCCUCGGUUCGGUUCGGUUCAACUUCUUUCAUUUAAUUUCUAAGUAGUGUUUCUCUAACGAAAACAUUGCAACUGUGCAACCGUAGAGUUAAGCCUGUUAGAUAUCCAGCCAAAAUGGUCGAAUGUGAAAUCUGUCUUGAGGAUUACAAGGAGGGCGAUUUGGAGCUGCAUCGGAAGAUGUGUGUACUACGGUUGAUGUUCCGAUGCUCCUUAUGCCACGGGGACUAUGUGAGCAAGGAAGGGCUGUGGAAUCAUCUGGACCUGCAUGAGAUUGCAGAUGAAAGUAAGGAAUCGCACUAUCAGGAAAUUAAAGCAAAACACAAAUUGCAUCAAUGCGUUCUGUGCAAUGACCAACGUGCUUAUUCGGAGAGUUCCUACUGGAAGCACGUUCAUGACGUUCACGAUGGCUUCUUUCUGCGGUGUUCUGAUUGUGGAGAAAACUUCCGCUCCGAAAAGCUUAAGAAUGAUCAUCAAUGUAAGACCAGGGAUCAAAUUGAAGCUUCAAACUUGAAUGCCCUGGAAACGAAACUAGAGUCUAUGGAAGUAGAACAUAUUUCAUAUUCUGAGCAUUUGAAGCCAUCGCUCCAAAAUCAGAGCAGUAACGAAAAUGCAGAACUCAGUAAUCGACUGAGUGACUUCUCGAAUCUCGAAAGUUUUAGUGAACCUAUCGUGAAUGACAAGAGUGACCAAAAAGUGGUGGUAGAGAAUUCUUCGAAUGAAACAUCCUGUACGAAAUGUUCCCACUGUGGAAUAGAAGAGACCAGUGCCGAUACCCUAGCUCGUCACAUUUUAAUCCACCAUGAGCCAGUGGCAUGUGAUCUCUGUGGAAUUACUUUUCCCAGUCUAUCCCUGGCUCUGCAUCAUAAGGAGACGCAGCACAAGCAGUCGAAGAUGAAAUGCCCACAUUGUUUGAUGCAGUUUUGCGUGACAAUCCGCUUAAACACUCAUGUAUCUAUAUGUGAGAAAAGGACAGUUCCCUGUGAGUGUUGUGGUAAAAUGUAUACUGAUGAAACUGCUGUCAAACGACAUUGGAGCAAACUUAAAUAUGUAAAAAGCAAGAAAAAAGGGUUGAAGAAUACUAAGACACCACCUCAUGUUAAAAGCGGCUUAUCCCAAACAAAAUGUGACUACUGUAACGAAGAGUUUUCCAGUCCAGGACAUUUGAUUCAUCACUUGCAAAUUCGCCAUGAGCUGACCAAAUGUAAUAUCUGCGGUAUAACUAUUCUUGGUAUAUCAGCAUCCAAAAAUCAUAAGAUAAAGUGCCACACGGAACCAAAGUACGAGUGUCACAUUUGCGAGAGGAAAUUCCACCACAAAAUCAAAUAUCUUGAACAUAGUGUUGGGUGUCAGCAGAAGACAUAUUCAUGUAAAAUAUGUGGAACCACGUUCAAACGAUCCCACGCAAUCUAUCUCCAUACUAAGCGCUUUCAUCCAGGUGAGAGCAGUUUGGAAAAUCUACAGAUCAUCCAAGAUCAAAAACGAUUCCAGAACAAUGAUCUGCAAAUGGAAAUCACAGCAGAGGAAAAUACGAUAUCGGCAAAAGACGCAUUGCAUCAAUGCGUUCUGUGCAAUGACCAACGUGGUUAUUCGGAGAGUUCCUACUGGAAGCACGUCCAUGACGUCCACGAUGGCUUCUUUCUGCAGUGUUCUGACUGUGGGGAAAACUUCCGAUCCGAAAAGCUUAAGAAUGAUCAUGCUGUGAGCCAUUGUGAGGCCAGGGAUAAAACGGUAGCUGUGGACUUAAAUUCCCUGAAAGAGGAACCAGUUCGUUUUGAUGAUGAAGAUAUGACUUCUGAUGCUGAACCUAUGGAAUUGUCGCGGGAAGAGCAGGACAGUAAUGCAAAUGCAAUGGAUUCGGCCAAAAGCAAGGAUGUGCCGUCACAAUUUGCUUGUGAUAUUUGUGGAAUGACAUUUUCAUUGAAAGGUUUACUUCUUCGUCAUAAGAGGGCAAAAUACGCGUGCACGGAAGGAAAGCUGCAAAAAUGUCGCAAUUGCCGGAAAAUAUUACCGAAAAAAGAAUAUCAAGCACACUUUCGAAUAUGUCAGAUGAAAAAGUUUUCAUGUAAAUUGUGUCCAAUGAAGUUUCAAUUUUCAAAAAACCUGACCUGGCAUAUGAUAAAUUGUCAUCGUCGUAAAGGAGUUUCCAAGAACGAGAAGAGUUCGGCUGAAAAAUCAACUACACGUUCUGGUCGUAAAAUCUUAGCCUCCAGUUUGAAUUCAUCCUCUAGCUCGAAUGUUGCUGCGGAUGCGGCCAAGAAGGACAUACUGGUCGAAAAUCCCCCAAGUGGAUCAUCCGACACCCUGUCUGGCACAAAGUGCUUGCACUGUGACAAAGAGUGUGCCACUGCAAGAAAUUUACGUUAUCACAUCUUACAAUCUCAUCACCCGAUCGAGUGCAGCAUUUGCGGUAUCAUUUCGGAAGGCUCUUCCAGAGCCCGGUAUCAUAAGACCAUGAAACACACAAAACUAAAGCGUCAUUCGAACGUUUGUGACCCAGUUCAGAGUGACUUCUCGGGUGACAAUAUUUCCGACGAACUUAUGUUGGAAAACAGUAGUGACCCAAAAGUGACGGAAGAUAAUUCUUCGAGUCAUCAUGCCUUGAGUAAGGUCAGAAAGCAGACGGAAGAUGGACAAGUUCCUAUUGAAGUUGAAAAUAUUACUUCUGAAGCGGAACAUUGGAAAAUAAAGCAGGAAGAGCAGAGCAGUAAUACAAAUCGAAUGAGCCUCAAAAAUUCUGGUCAACUUAUCCUGAACGACAGGAGUGACCCAUCAGUGGCGGGAAAUAAUUCUUCGAGUACCAAAUGUUCCCACUGUGGAAUAGAAGAGUCCAGUGCUGUCAACCUGGUUCGUCACAUUCUGACCCACCAUGAGCCAGUCGCAUGUGAUUUCUGUGGAAUUACUUUGUCCAGUCUUGUCGAGGCUCAGCGUCAUAAGAAAGCGACGCACAAGGAAUCGAAGCACAAAUGCCCACAUUGUUUGAUACAGUUUUUCGGAAAACAACGCGUUGUAAAACAUGCAUCCAGAUGUGCGAAGCAGAAAGUUCCCUGCCAGUAUUGUGGUAAAAUGUUGAAAGAUGCAAUGGCUGUCAAACUGCAUAGGAACAACGAUUGCCAUGUAUAUAAAAGGAGCAACGAGCAGGAGCAGAUGUAUACCGAGACGAGCCUAUGCGAUGAAAGCGAUUCUUGUCCCAUAAUGGAGAAAAAUUCAGCGCCUCUAGUUAAAAGCGGCUUAUCUCAAACAAAAUGUGACUACUGUAACGAAGAGUUUCCCAGUCCAGGGCAUUUGAUACGUCACUUGCAAAUUAUCCAUGAGCUGACCAAAUGUGACAUCUGUGGCAUAACUGUUCUUGGUUUAUCAAGAGUAAAAAAUCAUAAGAUGAAAUGUCAUCGUGAACCGAAAUACGAGUGCCCAACUUGUAAGAAAAAAUUUCACCGCAAAGCAAAAUAUAAUGCACAUAGUUUUGUGUGUGAGAAUAAGAAUUCAUGUAAAUUAUGUGGAAUGAAGUUCAAGCAACCCCACUCACUCAAACGGCAUACUGAGCACAUUCAUCUAGCUGAGAGCAGUUUGGCUCAACAUCAGAACAAAAAACUGAAGAUGGCACGUGAUGAUCCAAGACAAUCAACGGAUUCUCGAUCGAAUAAGCAUUCAUUGGCUAACAAGAGCGAUAAUGACUUAAUGGAUAGCGGCAAGGAACCCGGGAUGGGUUCAGAGAACACCUCUGUUGAAAAUCUAUCAAACCAGCAAUAUUCGUGCAACACAUGUGACGUUACUUUGUCUACCUAUGGCCAGAUCGUUUAUCAUAAGCUUACAAAACACACGGAAGGAAAAUUCGAAUGUUCAUAUUGCUCGAGGAAAUUUCACUUCAAAGAUAAGCUAGAAAAGCAUGCAGCAUAUUGUGUAGGUUUAAUACAUUCAUGUGAAUUGUGUGGCGAAAAGUUUAACCGGCCAAAGAGAGUAGAGAACCACAAGAAACGAGUUCAUAAUAUUCCAAUGAGUCGCCCUUAUGCAUCAGUUAACAGAGUUAAGAAGCCUUUGAAAAAUGCGUAUGCCGGUCAAGGGAUGACUAGAUGCAUCAUUUGCAAAGUCACGUUCGCCAGCACUGACGAGCUCAUAAUACAUAAGCUAACCUGUCCAAAGCUCGCAAAUGAGCACAAUGAUUCUCAGAUCGGUGCAAAGGAAGUCCCACUGCUUCCUGCGACGAAGGAAACUCAAACUGAUUCCACGAUAGUAUUUCUGCAAGGUGAGAAUAAUGAUCUGGAGCUGGAUAUUAAAGUAGAGGAAACAAUACUGCAGGAACAGGAAUACCAAGUUCCAAAUGAAGACCCAAGGAGCUCAUCCGCUACAACAUUGCAUCCUCAUGAUAGUAAACCGAAGGACGUUGAAGCUGAAGUUGCUGAAGAUCUUGGGUAUGAAAUAAAAGUCAAAGAAGAAUACAUAGAAGAUGAAGAUGAGAUCCUUACUGAACAUCAGAGUACAGCAGAAACCUCGGAAUGCCAUGGAGUUGCUAGCGACCAAAACGAGUCCCUUGUGGCUCAUAACGCUGACGAUUGGCCGUGCACAAUUUGUGGACUAAACUUUGCUAGCUUACCCAAAAUGAGGUACCACAAGCGCGUAUCUCAUGCAAAGCCACGGUACAAAUGCUCCAUUUGUCAAAAGCCGUUUCAUUUCGCCAACCUUCUACGUCGUCAUGAGAAAAGCUGUUCAGAACUGCGAUGCAACAAAUGUGGUGUCAAGUUUAUGACUCAUCGUCUGCUAAAUAUUCAUUAUAACGAUAAGCAUCCGGAUGAUGGUAAACCGAAGGACGUUGAAGCUGAAGAUGCUGAAGAUCUAGAGAAUGAAAUCAAAGUCAAAGAAGAAUACAUAGAAGAUGUAGAUGAGAUCCUUACUGCACAUCAGAGUACAGCAGAAACCUCGGAAUGCCAUGGAGUUGCUAGCGACCAAAACGAGUCCCUUGUGACUCAGAGCACUGGUGAUUGGCCGUGCUCAAUUUGUGAACUAAACUUUGCUAGCUUACCCAAAAUGAGGUAUCACAAGCGCGUAUCUCAUGAAAAGCCACGGUACAAAUGCUCCAUUUGUCAAAAACCGUUUCAUUUUGCCAACCUUCUACGUCGUCAUGAGAAAAGCUGUUCAGAAAUGCGAUGCAACAAAUGUGGCGUCAAGUUUAUGACUCAUCGUCUGCUAAAUAUUCAUUAUGACGAUAAGCAUCCGGAUGAAGGUAAACCGAAGAACGUUGAAGCUGAAGAUGCAGAAGAUCUUUAGAGUGGGAUCAGAGUUCAACGAAAUCUGCGGAAUGUCAUGGAGAUCCCUGCCGAUUUAAACUAGUCCCUUGUGCGUCAUAAAGUCAAAGAUGUCUAUUCAAAGGAAGCCAAAGGAAAACCUUAUACAAAGCACAAAAUCAACGAUAAUAAGGUUGAUAGCUGAAAAAUGAAUUGGAAGAAUACACAAACGUUUAUAAUGGUGUUUCGUUUUGUAAUAAGGAGCUUUUUCCACAAUUUUUAUUUCAGAUUACACACUAGACGUUCGAUGAUUGAAACAUGGUUACCAAAAUCAUUUCAUUUGUCAAACCAGUUGUCAAUUAAAUGCAUCAAUACGUUAUUUUAAAAUGCACGAAUUUGACAGAUAAGUGUCUUUCAUUUGAUACUUUAUUUUUUGUUAGUGGACUUGUCAGCUAUAUACAUUUUAACCAAAAACCUUUCAGCUCCAAUUAAUGAUGGUAAGUAAAAAAUGA